UGAUAUCGUUUCGAGGGGGUUGCAGUGGGAGCUGCUUUGAGCUGCGUGCGACAUAUUACCUACUGCCGAACGUAGUAGCGAUGCAAACUUAUUCGAAAUGCCAUCUUUGUCUCAGGUUCUUCUCUUAAUCCCAAUUGUGAACUAGCACCGCGACUGCGAGACGGCAUCAAAGAACCAAGCAACACCAAGCUCCUUUGGCGCGGAAUACUGACCUGGUUCAUACGCGACCAUGACGACACUCUAGCGCGUAUCUAUAUGGCCGUCGUACAAAGUCAACCGACUUUGUUCGGGUAUUUCAACGUUCGUUUGCGAGUGAGGUAGGCUUUCAUGACAACGACGGUGCCCACAAAGGAAAACACCCUCACGCCAACCAACAACAUGGAAGGCAUCGAGGGACACGGCCCAGUUGGAAAACUCCUGUCGAGGUCCAAGGAUGCGGCGAAGCGACGAUGGAAGAAGCAGCCCUCUAAAGAGAGUUUCGGGUCGACAGCCAGCAGCGAGGAACAUCCUCCUCGCGGAAGAAGCCCGCAUAGUCGCGAACAUCCUCCGCAUGACGUUGGGGAGGGCCUGGCGUCGGUAUCUCCGUCAAAACCCAGCGAUACGUGGAUUGUUGGAGAAGAGGACACCAGUCCAACCACAUAUUCUGAGCUUGAGUCAUCCCCGACCCGGCCCACUAUUCCAUCCACGCAUCCGUCCCAAAUUGGCCAACUCUCGACCUCGUCCCCUAUCAUCCAGGCCGAAUACCUACAGGAGACACAAAAUUUCGAGUCUAUGAGUACCGAGAGCCUCGACAGCCUCUCGAGGUCGCAGACCUACUGCAUCCCCGCCUCUUCCCAAGCCGCGCCCUCUCGCCAGCUUUCUACCAGCAAGACCGGCCUCCAACUGCCCCGGGACAGCGACUCGUCACGACGGUCCAGGUCACCUGCUGGUAGAUUCAAGGACGUGUUUAAGACCAAGAGAACCCCCAGUGUCACUCCCAGCGUCGAGAGCCAGCAGUCAGAAAAUACCGACAAGACCGACAACGCUGCAGAGGCCGACCCCAAUGCACCCAAGGUAGUGGCCCCCGAAACCUCGCGUCGGCCGAGGAAGCAGAAGAUUGAUGUUUCGACCCGCCCGCAAACACCUCCACCCUCCGAGCCUCCCGCGCCUGUGAUUGUGAACACACCGCCGACCCCGACUGAUCACGCCCAUCCGAAGGAGCCUGCAGAAUCUGAUACCUCCAAUUUUGCAUCGAACCCGAUUGUGACAGUUUCGCCUUCGAGUGCUAUGAUAUCGCACCGGCGCAUGCGAUCAGGAUCUGGAACAAGCAUUGGCCCAAGCAAACUAUCCAAUAUCACCCUCGCUCCUUUGACCCCAACACCCGAGAACGCCGGCCCGCCAACUCCUGGAGGUGGAUUUUUCUCGUCUAUGCUCUCUGCUGCGCAGAACGCAGCCAAUACUCUAACCAGCACCGUUAACAACACCAAUAUUGGCAUAGGCGGGAACAAGAUAAAGAGCACCACUAUACCCAAGGAGACACGAGAGGGCGACGGGAACACUACCGAGGUUGAAUCUUCUGCCGCGCAGCCAACCGACGUCAUGGGCGAGCCCGCAGUGAAGACUCUAGGAAUGGGGGACCUCAGCCUUAGCCAGCUGGGCAUCCAGGAAUCCGGCAGUGCUGCACCUACCCCCGUUGCAUCGAAAUUUCCGGAUAUGGUCGAUUCGAGGUCGCGAUCGCGAUCCGACUCUGCUCCUGAGGGUCCAUCGUUUGGUGUAGCCAACGGGGGUUCUCCAUCUGAUGAUCAAACCUUCGGACGACCAAGAUCCAUCAACGAACCGGCUGGGUUCAGUGAUCGCAGUCCUCCCGCUAGUGUUUACGAAGGCAAAUCCGGUCUUCAACGCAGUGGCAGCAUAAGGAGCAAGAUUUCGCGCAGCCGCAAACGGGGCAGCACAGGUGGUACCGCUGGCACUUCUGGCACCAAUGGAACCACAAUAGGAGCAGCCAUUGCUGCUGCGAAUGCUUCUGUUGCUCAUCCGCAAGCCGCCGGAAGUACACCAAAAUUAACAGGGUUUGCUGUAGCGAGUAAGAAACGAAAUAAGGAUUUCCAUGCCCUGUUCAAGAGUGUACCAGAUGACGACUAUCUGAUCGAGGACUACAGCUGCGCACUACAGAGAGAAAUCCUGGCUCACGGCAGGCUCUACGUUUCCGAAGGUCACUUGUGCUUCAGUAGCAACAUCUUGGGCUGGGUGACCACUUUGGUCAUGAGCUUCGACGAGAUAGUGUCUGUGGAGAAGCGGAGCACAGCCUUGUUGUUCAAAAAUGGGCUCAUGAUCUCGACGCUGCAUGCGAAACACGUAUUCGCCAGCUUCACGAGCCGUGACUCUACAUAUGACCUGAUUGUCAACAUCUGGAAGCUCGGCCACCCCACUCUGCGAAGCUCCCUCAAUGGAAUCUCAGUUGAAGGCACAGGGGGUGACAAGACGGAAAAGGUUGACGACAUCGAGCCGCCGGGAGCUAACAGCGGCUCGGGCUCCGAUAUUGGGGAUGAAGACGACGAAGAAGACAGUGAAGAUGAUGAGGAUGUCUACGACGAAGACGACGACGAUGACGAUCUUCCGGUAUUCACCCAGGAAACAGAGGGCAGCCCCGCUGAUACCGAAGGCGAAAAGAUCGCAACUCGGAAGGUGUCGGGUGCCAUGGGUGCCAGUGCACCAUCCGACAAGCCAAAAGACGGAGCUGCUGCACCAUCCCCUGGAGCUGACUUCCCAGGGCCGGCGACUCACGGCCCUACGGAUUGCGGAGAUGUGGCGACCCAUUAUGAGAGAAUUCUGGGCGACGACAUUAUUCCCGCUCCGUUAGGCAAAGUCUACAAUCUCAUAUUUGGACCCGCUUCGCCCAGCUUCAUGGGGAAGUGGCUUACUGUCGAGCAAAAAUGCACCGACCUUCAAAUGGAGGACAAAAGUGGUCUGACAUCAGACACCAAGUCGCGAAACUACACAUAUAUCAAGCCUCUGAAUGCCUCGAUAGGACCGCGACAGACAAAGUGCAUUGUCGUUGAAACCUUGGAGAACCUGGAUUUAGAGAAAGCGGUCAAUGUGUUGGUUGUAGUACAGAACCCAGACGUACCCAGUGGAAACGUUUUUAGCGUCAAGACGAAAUACUGCCUGCACUGGGCAGAGAACAACUCGACCCGAGUGCAGGUUAAUUGUACCAUUGAAUGGACUGGCAAGAGUUGGCUAAAAGGACCCAUCGAAAAGGGCGCCAACGAUGGCCAGACUCAGUACUGCAAAGACCUUUUCGCGCACCUCAAAGCAUCAGUUUCAUCCCGACCACGGUCUGCGACUUUGACAAAUGGCGUAACCGCCAAGGGCAAGAAGAAGAAGGGCAAAGGUAAGCUGCAAAAGGCGUCUAAAGAAGACCUUCGGGCCCAUACCCACUCAACCGCCAAGAAGACGGAUGACUGGGGUCUGUUCGAACCCCUUCACGGCAUAUUUGGUCCCAUCGGCGACAUUAUGAUGCCGAUAUUUACAGGUAAUGUCGUAUAUGGUCUCCUCGUAGGGCUCCUUGUGGCCACGUGGUUUGGCUUCGGCUUCAGCCCUCGUGAAGCCGGUCCGAGCUAUGGCCAGGGCCUUGGUUUCCUGAAUCAUCCGGAUCGAAUCACAGCAUAUGAGGAAAUUUGGCGCCGUGAGGAGAGCGACCUGUGGGACUGGCUGGAGGAGCGCGUGGGACUACACCGCAUGAACGAGGGGGUCAUGCCAAUACGCAAACAUGUUGUCGAGCCACGCACUGUGGAAGAAAAGAUGCGCGAGGAGCGGAUGAACGAGCGCGAGAUUGAGGAAGCCAUAAGAAUCACGGAAGAGAAAUUGCAGGUCCUGAAGGGCGUACACGAGCGGAAGAAGCUGGUCAAAGAUGCGGGGAGCGGACCCGUGAAUGGGCGGCCAACUAGCCGACCUUCCGAGGACAGAUAAUUGUCUUGGGAAAGAGCGAAAGGAAGACAAGAGUUUUUGCCGGGCGCGCGAAGAAAAUGAUACGACGACGACGACGAUGCUAUUUUCAAAGCAUUGUGUCACUGAUUAGUCCUCGAUUCCACCAUUGGAGAAUACAACCAUCAAGUCUGCUUUGUUUUAAUUCCUACAAAUCCCCACGCUUUUCAUUAUAGUCUAGAAACACGGCCCAGCGUCAUAGGGCACGUUGACCGAAUACAAUCAAUGCAUUAUUGG